CCUCUCUCUCCCCCCCCCUCCCCCCCCCUUUCAUUUUUCUCCUCCUCCUCUUCCUCCCCGCCGCGGAGCCGGGCGCCAGCGUGAAGGAUAAAUAAAAAGCGAAGAGGAAGAGGCUGGGGAGGAGGAGGAGGAGGAAGGAGGGGGGGGAGGAAAGAAGAAGAAGAAAGCGAGCAAGAAAAGAAAGCGAGGAGCCAGGCGGCCAGCCCAGCCGCGCCGCUCCCGGCAGCCAGGGCAGGAGGCGGCGGCGGAGCGGGGCCGGCGGCCGGCGAUGGAUGACCAGCCGCGGCUGAUGCACACGCACAGCGGGGUGGGGAUGCCGGGGCACCCGGGCCUGUCCCAGCACAUGCAGGAUGGACCAGGCGGGGCGGAGGGGGAGGCAGGCAGGAAGCAGGACAUCGGAGACAUCUUACAGCAGAUCAUGACCAUCACGGACCAGAGUUUGGACGAGGCGCAGGCCAGGAAACAUGCUUUAAACUGCCACAGGAUGAAGCCGGCGCUUUUUAAUGUCUUGUGUGAAAUCAAAGAAAAAACAGUGCUGAGCAUCCGGGGGGCGCAGGAGGAGGAGCCCACGGACCCGCAGCUGAUGAGGCUGGACAACAUGCUGCUGGCCGAGGGGGUGGCGGGCCCCGAGAAGGGCGGGGGCUCUGCCGCCGCUGCCGCCGCCGCCGCCGCCUCCGGGGGAGCCGGCUCCGACAACUCGGUGGAGCACUCCGACUACAGAGCCAAGCUCUCCCAGAUCCGACAGAUCUACCACACGGAGCUGGAGAAGUACGAGCAGGCGUGCAACGAGUUCACCACGCACGUGAUGAACCUGCUGCGGGAGCAGAGCCGGACCCGGCCCAUCUCGCCCAAGGAGAUCGAGCGCAUGGUCAGCAUCAUCCACCGCAAGUUCAGCUCCAUCCAGAUGCAGCUGAAGCAGAGCACGUGCGAGGCCGUCAUGAUCCUGCGCUCGCGCUUCCUGGACGCACGGCGGAAGAGACGAAACUUCAACAAGCAAGCCACGGAAAUCCUGAAUGAGUAUUUCUAUUCCCAUCUCAGCAACCCUUAUCCCAGUGAGGAAGCCAAAGAAGAGCUAGCCAAGAAAUGUGGCAUCACAGUCUCACAGGUAUCAAACUGGUUUGGAAAUAAGAGAAUCCGGUACAAGAAGAACAUAGGUAAAUUUCAAGAGGAAGCCAAUAUUUAUGCUGCCAAAACAGCUGUCACGGCUACCAACGUGUCAGCCCAUGGAAGCCAGGCUAACUCACCCUCAACUCCCAAUUCAGCUGGUUCUUCCAGUUCUUUUAACAUGUCAAACUCUGGAGAUUUGUUCAUGAGCGUGCAGUCUCUCAAUGGGGAUUCUUACCAAGGGGCCCAGGUUGGAGCCAACGUGCAGUCACAGGUGGAUACCCUUCGCCAUGUUAUCAGCCAGACAGGAGGAUACAGUGACGGACUCGCGGCAAGUCAGAUGUAUAGUCCGCAGGGCAUCAGUGCUAAUGGAGGUUGGCAAGACGCUACUACCCCAUCGUCGGUGACCUCCCCCACAGAAGGCCCUGGCAGCGUUCACUCUGAUACCUCCAACUGAUCUCCCAGCAAAUUGCAUCCCUGGCUGAGCCGGCCCCGGCGGGGCGGGAGGGGAGGGGGCCUCUCCUAACACCGCAGCAGUCAGACUGGAGGUGAACCCAAUCAGCACACACAAGAAGACUCCUUCUCUUCUCUUCUCUUCGUCGGGAUGCUUUUUUCAGCCAAUCUGGACACUUCUUUAUACUCUCUUCCCUUUCUUUUCUGGGUAGAAGCCGCUCUCCCCCUCCCCGCCACCCCCACAACACCACUCCCUUCCCCUCCCCACUUCCCACCCAAGGCAGAAGUAUUUUAAGGAGGAAAAGCAAAAAUCCACCACCACCACCACCACACAAGCCAACCCCAGAGCAGUGUACAGCCUCAUGCUGGGUGUCUUUUUGAGGAGCUACAGAUGUACCUCAGUCACAUGUCCCUUGCCAGCAGGCAGCCCCCUGCCCCCUUCCUCUCACGCUACCUCUCCGUAGGGAAUUGCCAGCGCAGGGAAUCUGCUCCCGCCUGUCUCCGCACGGUGCUGCAGGGACAGGGCAGGUGGCACAGCCCCCGUGCACCUAGAAGGAGCCAGUGUGCUCCCCCUCACAUCCCAAAAGGUACCGUUCCCAUUCCCAGCUCUGGGAAGCUUCCCAGUGCCAGCCCUACUCGGCCAAGCAUCCCUCCCGCUGGCUGCUGUGAUCUGGAUGAGCCGUGAAACCCUGCUGCCUUUGCUGGAGGGGAGAAGAGGGAAGGAGGGGAGGCAGAGGCAGGUGAGAAGCGGCCAUCACUGACAGCAGAGGUGCUGACACCUCCACGGAGCUGUGUGGGAUCAGGCAUGGACGGCUGAUGGGACACCAGCACUUCUCUGACAGCACCUGGAGAGGCUGGGGCUGGAGUUCUGCUGCUCACAGGGUGUUGGCUCCUGUGUGCAGGAGGAGCUGGGUUCCCCAGCUCAGGCAGGACCUGCAGAGGUUUGUGCCACCCUCUGCAUUCCCAAAGCCCUGCCAAGCCAGCAGUGAGGGAUGGGCAGCAGAAUGCCAGGGGCUGGAAGCACUGGGGUGUCUUGGGUGUUUUUGGUAGUGCUUCACCCCACAGGUUUACUCUGUAGGACGGGUGGCUGCCCCGCUGGGGGAUGUCUGUGUGCUGAAGCUGCUGGUUUCACCCCAGGAGUCACCUGGGCAGUGGCCAUGGAAGAACUCAUGGGACUUUCUGCCCAGCUUUUCUGGUCCACUGUUGGGACAAGCAGUGGUGGCUGGCAAGCGAGGCUUCAUCCUGCCCCUUCAGGCUGGUGCUGGGAGGACGUGGCUGUCGUGGAAGAGCAGGAAGAGGCAGCACCAGUUUCCCUGGGCAGCAGGCUGAGCCUCGUGCCAGGGUGGGACUUGUGGCCAUCGGUUCUUUGCGUGGGCACGAGGAGGCUGAGCCAGCCUGCAUCAGGACCCUGGGUGUGGUGGGGGCUGGUGUGGGUGCAGGAUGUCUGGCACCUCGUGAUGGAUCCCAGGAUCCCUUGGGAUCAGUGCCUCACACUGUUGAAUGUCCAUGCCCACCCUGCUUGUGCUGGUCUGGAGGUGGGAACUGCCAGCACAGAGCAGCAUUUAGCAGAAACCAUUGUAAAUUAGAGCUCUGCCAAAAAUAUUUCCACCCUUCUGCUGGAAAAAAUAGCGUUCCUUGGCCUGCAGGGCACAGUGGUGGUGUGGCCACAGCUGAAGCACGCUGUCACCUUGUGCCCAGCAGUGACACUUGUGCUCCUUUGGCACGCAUCCCAGGAGUGGGGACCCUGUGGCAGAGCAGGAUGUGACACAAGGGGCUCCCAGCUGUGAGUUAAGAGCAUGGAGAAGGUUUUCCUGCCAGGACAGUCGGGAGGUGCUGCUCACCUUCCCACUCUCCUCCUCUUCCCAUGGCCUCCCCCAGCGCUGCCUUGUGUCCACUCCCAGCUUGUUUCACAUGAUCCCGUUCAGGCUGAGCGUUCCAGGACACAGGACUGAGUCAGGCCUCUUGUCCUGAGCAGCAGCAGUGCCAUGGCUGUGGGAAUGCCACUGUCCUUGGAAACCCACUGGGAAUGAGCUGAAGCCACGGCGUGCUGAGCCACACUGGGGCUGCCCUGCCCCCUGCUCCUGCUGCUGCUGCUGCUGCUGCUGCUGCUGCCCGUCCCCCUGCCCAGGCUGGGCCCUCGCUCCUUGCUCCUCCACGGUACUUUGCAAAUCCCCUCCUGGGUUCCCCACUUGCUCCCUCCAGUUUGUGUUGGCAUAGCUGCUUGCUUGCCUUUUCCUUUGCUUUUUUUUUUUUUUUUUAAUUUUUUGAGUUGUUUCUCCUCCCUGUUUCUCCUCCCCCCCCUCCAGCCCCUGAGUGUUGUGGGUUUUUUUUCUUUUUCUUCUUUUUUUUUAUUAUUAUUUUUCUGCCCAGAAAAACCUGACUUCGAUACCAAAAAAACAAAACAAAACAAAAAAAAAAACCACAAAAAAAACACAAACAAAAAAAAAAAACCUGCAGAAACUCAAAAAAAAUAAAAAUGAAAAAAAAAAUCACAAAAAAAAACUCGACGAUUCUUUCAGCUUUAUUAACAUUUUCCAUUGUUUCUUGCGAUUUGUGUCUCGUUCUUUGUAGUAUUGAUGAUAACGAACAUUUGAUAAUGAAUGUUCUUGUAUAUUCAGAUAAAGGAGAAAAAAAAACCAAAAACGCAGUCGGAAUUUAAUAGUGUUUAUAAUAAAAGAAUAAAAAAUGACCCUCUUAGCACGCAAAAUUGAACAGGGGGAAGGUCCCAUCCCUGUUCUUUCUGUGGCAACAAGCGCUUCAUUCCUGUAUAGUUUAUAACAUCAAACUACCUACAUUCAUCCUCCUUUUUUUUGUUUGUUUGUUUUUUCCCAUGGUUUGGGUUUUUUUUUUCCAUUUUCUCGCAUUUGUGAAUUAGUUCAAGAAUGCUAGAAAAGUGUAGAGUUGUGCACACUCAUUUCUUCUUACACAAUGUUUAAAAAGUGAACGGUAAUUCAUUUUGUAAAACUUUAAAAAGAAAAAAAAUGGUUGGAAUAGUGAGCAUUAAUAGGUACAGUCUAACACUUUAUGUUUCUUAACGUUGAGACCCAGAAAUGAACCUUCUAUAUUUUUUUUUUUCAUUAUUUGGGAUGGGGGGAGGGGGCUUUGAUGAUGAUGAUGAUGAUGAUGAUGAUGAUGAUGAUGAUGAUGAGUUUAUUUUGACCUGUCCGAGACGAUGGCCUUGCCACUUCCCCUGUGCUUUCUGAGCUGUGACCAGAGUGAUGUGAAAAGUGAUGGUGGUGUUUCUGGGGGGAGUGUUUCUCCCCACUCCUUUCAGAUCCCAGCUCCAGGGCACCCUGGUGUGGCUGAGCAGUGGGAUUACCUCUCUGAAAAGGGACGGAAUUCCCAAGUUUUGGGGAGGAGAUGGGCAGUCAGCCCCUGUGGGUCUCCAUUCUGGGGGUGUUGCUGAGCUGCCUGGAAGUGAUAAAAGGGCAGGAAUCCUUCCCAAAUAUAGAGAUGAUUGGUUCUCUUCCCUGAAUCCCCAAAACUUGAGGGAUUCAGAGCAAGGGAUGUUCCAACCUCACCCUGCCCGUGGAUGGAGAUGAGGUCUCACAGCCUGGCCCCACCCUGGCUGAUCAGCAUCUGUGCUGAGGUGGGACAUGGCCAAAAUGUCCCCAAAUCCAGCCCCAAAUCCCAGUGGCUGCAGGGUGGGGUUCGAGGAGAAGCACCGAGGAAGGUGCUGGUUGGCAUCGCUUCAGUUUUCUCCUAAAACGUUUUCCUGCUCCUCCCAAAAAAACAACCUGAGCUUUUCACAUCACUGAAAAAGAUUGAGGGUUUGGGGUGUUACUUUUAAUCCCAAGGUUUCCUAGAGUCCUUUUGUUUUCGUACACCUUUAUUAUUAUUAUUAUUUUAUUAUUAUUAUUAAGAGGAUGUAAAUCAGACAUUGCCUGGGGGGUUGGUUUUGUCGGUUUGCUUUUUUUUGUUCUUGCAAAGCCCUUUCUAUCCCUUGUAAAGGUGAUCCAGUUCACAGUUGCUUUUUCUUUUCUAUUUUUUUUCCUCCCCAUCUUUUUUUUUUUCUCUCUUCUUAAUGGAUUCCACAUAUUAAAAAAAAAAAAAAAAAAAGAAAAAAAAAAAAAAAGAAAAA